CUCUUAUAUAGCAGCACUUUUUUUUUUGUUAUGAAUAAUCGAAAUGAAGAUAAAUCUAUUACAAUUUCUAUGACGGAGAAAAUAAUUACUACAGCACAUAAUAAUAUUGCCUCUACUUCUUAUGAUAUAACUCACCAUCAUGUUUUAGAAGAAAAAAAACCAAUUAAAAAUAAUAAUAACUAUCGUCUUAGUAAAGGUAUACAUUCAAUUAUGAAUAAAUCUGAUAGAGCUAUAUUUUAUCAAAAGUAUAAAGUAUAUAUACAUUUUUUAACUUGGUUACUAUUGACUGCAUUUGUUUGUGUUGCAUUUGUUUUACAGAUACCAAAAGGCUACAACCAAGAGUUACUUAUACUAGGUAUUGUGUAUACAUGGAUUUCACUUUAUCUCUUAUUUUGUUAUAUGUCUACUACUAUUAUCACUGAUCCAUGGAAGAAAGGUAUUAAAAUUAUGUCUAAUUUUCUAUACGAAUAUUGUAAUCAAAAAUGGCGAACGAUAUGCCUUGGUAUCUGUCUAGUUAUUAUAGUCACUGUAACUGUAUUUUCUUUUCCAGAAAAACAAGAAUCACCUCGAAUACGUCGACUAAUUCCACUUUUUGGAAUGUUUAUUUUUAUUUUUAGCGUCUACAUAACUUCAGUACAUCGUAGAUUUGUUCAAUGGAACACAAUUUUUAUAGCGUUAUUAUUACAAUUUGUAUUAGCAUUGUUUGUAUUUAGAACGUCUGUGGGACAUGAUAUAUUUCAAUGGAUAGCGGGUUUUGCAGAAGGAUAUUUACACAACGCAGGAUAUGGCGCCGCAUUUUUAUUUGGAGAAACAGCUGUUCAAGCAAACACAUUUGCUUUAAAUGUGUUUCCUGCUAUUAUAUUUUUUGGAUCUACAGUACAAAUGUUAUAUUACUUGGGAACUAUUCAAUGGUUAUUAAAAAAGCUUUCCAUUAUCUUUAUUAGUAUCUUGUCAAUUUCAGGUGCUGAAUCUAUUGUAGCAGUUGCAUCCCCAUUUUUAGGAGCAACUGAAAAUGUCCUUUUGAUAAAACCAUUAGUACCCCAAUUAACAAAAUCUGAAAUACAUCAAAUUUUAACUUCAGGCUUUUCUACUAUCUCUGGUUCAGUGUUAUAUGGAUAUAUUGCUAUGGGUAUCUCUGGACAGGCAUUGCUUACAUCAUGUAUUAUGUCAAUCCCUUGCUCCAUAGCUAUUUCUAAACUGCGUUAUCCUGAAACAGAUAAUCCUGUUACAAAAGACAAUGUAUCCAUUUCCUCAAAAGUUGAAGAAGAAGGGGAAGGAGAAGGAGAGACAGCAAAUAUAUUGCAUGCUGCUGGGAAAGGAGCUGAAGUAGGCAUCAAGAUCGUCCUACUGAUUAUGGCCAAUAUCAUUUCAAUAUUAGCUAUUUUAUAUGCAGUAAAUGGAUUUUUGACAUGGCUAGGCAAUUUUUUAAACAUACAGAACCUUACUCUACAAUUGAUAACAGGAUAUCUAUUUGUUCCAAUUGCUUGGCUAAUGGGUACAGAUAAUAAAGAUUUAGUCAUUGUAGGUAGAUUAAUGGCUACAAAGAUUUGGUCGAAUGAGUUCAUUGCAUACAAAGAAAUGACAGCUACUUAUGCAGGCCAAUUAUCAGCAAGAUCUCAAAUAAUAGCAACCUAUGCUUUAUGUGGAUUUGCUAACUUUGGUAGUGUUGGAAUGCAAGUAGGAGUUCUUAGUACUUUAGCACCAUUACGUUCAGGUGAUAUAUCAUCGUUAGCCAUUUCUGCAUUAAUAUGCGGAACACUUAGUACAUGGUUGUCAGCUUCUAUUGCCGGAAUGCUACUAUAAUAUCCUAUUCAGCGUUUAAUUCAUGAGAAUAUACGACGAUUUAUUAUGUGUAUACAUUUAUACUGUAAUAAAACUAGGUCUAAUUACUCUAAAGCAUCUACAAAUAGAACUAUCAAGCUAAUAUCGACAUAAAGCUUUAAAAAAAAAUUAAAAGAAAAUAUACAUAUAUAAAUAAAUCAAAGAGCUUUGUUAUCUAUUUUCAUAACAAGUUAUAUAGCAAGGUAUAUUUAGUGAGAAGAUUGUAAAGGAAAAAAAAUGAAGAAAUGUAGAACUACUAAAUGAAUCAAACAACUUGUUUAAUAAACUAAGUCCCC